AUGGCUUCAGGUAGUGAUUCUCAGAUCAGUGGCAGUGGCAGCACCUAUGAAUUUGAACCCGGCCGAGCGCGGCCCGGGCGGAGACCCGGCGGGGCCGGCGCGGGGACGGGCAGGGACCCGAAGGAGAGCGGGAAGCUGGGGGCCGCGAAGCGAAGAUCUGGGAGGGGCGUUUUAGCCUGCGAGAGUGAAGGAGCUGAGGGAAGCGGGGUUAGUGAAGCCUCCAGCGCUCGUUCGUCAGCUCAGGCGCUGUUGUUGUCAGGCACUGCUGGGUUGAGGCCACUGGUGGGGUUAGAAAAAUCGAAACGUACUUUGUCGAACCAUGUGCUCUUGGAUGAAAGUGAUUUCCCUCGUGUGUGGCGAGUCCUGACUGCUGUCGAAAAUCACUGCGGAUGUGAUGUGGUGAUUUUCGAUCAAGCCUGCUCAGACUACAGAAAGGAAACUACUUCCUGCGUAGUUCUCAGAUUUAUUGCCAAACCAUGUGCACUCCAUGUUGGCAUCAAGGACAGUGAUCCUUAUGAGGCCCCACCCAAUGACAUUCUUGAAAAGGUGUUUGUGUCUAUCACCAAGUAUCCUGAUCAGAAAAGACUGGAGGGCCUGUCAAAGCAGCUGGACUGCGAUGUCCGAAAAAUCCAAUGCUGGUUUCGCCAUCGGAGGAAUCAGGACAAGCCUCCAACGCUCACUAAAUUCUGUGAAAGCAUGUGGAGAUUCACGUUUUAUUUAUGUAUAUUCUGCUACGGAAUUAGAUUUCUCUGGUUGUCUCCUUGGUUCUGGGACACCCGACAGUGCUGGUAUAAUUAUCCAUUUCAGCCUCUCUCAGAGGAGCUCUAUUACUAUUAUAUCAUGGAACUGGCCUUCUACUGGUCUCUUAUGUUUUCUCAAUUUACAGACAUUAAAAGAAAGGACUUCCUGAUCAUGUUUGUGCAUCACUUGGCCACCGUUGGGCUCAUCACCUUCUCCUACAUCAACAACAUGGUUCGGAUCGGAACUCUGGUCCUGUGUCUACAUGAUUCCUCAGACUUCUUGCUGGAAGCUGCCAAGCUGGCCAAUUAUGCCAAGUAUCAGCGGCUCUGUGACACCCUUUUUGUGAUCUUCAGUACUGUUUUUAUGGUCACUCGUCUAGGAAUCUAUCCAUUCUGGGUUCUGAACUCGACCCUCUUUGAGAGUUGGGAGAUAAUUGGGCCUUACCCUUCCUGGUGGUUCUUCAAUGGCCUUCUCCUGAUCCUGCAGCUUCUGCACAUCAUCUGGUCCUACCUAAUUGCACGAAUUGCUUUCAAAGCCUUGCUCCGGGGAAAGGUGUCCAAGGACGAUCGCAGCGAUGUGGAGAGCAGCUCAGAGGAAGAGGACGAAACUCUCAGCACUAAAAGCCGCUCUGGCAACAGCUCCAGCAAUGGUGCCAACUGGGUAAAUGGGCACGUGGGAGGCAGCCGCUGGGCCGAGGAGUAAAGCAGUGGCAUGGAGACUUCCACAGACAUGGACACACGGGGCCACUGACGGCCUCUGCCUUUGGGGCCGCCCCACACCUGCGCUCCUGUGACUGAAGGGACUGCAAGGCACUGAGGAGAAUCAAAGAAACAAAUAUUUUCACUUUUUUUUUAAACUCUGCCGUUUUGUAUUUAAUAUCCUCCAGCUCCUUCCAGUAAUGUUGUUUGCUCUGCGAGUGUGUGUGUUGUUUCGUGUGUUUGUGUGUACAUUUGUGCAUAUGCAUGAGUUCCAUUGCCUGAGUUGGGCACAAUUCUGUACUGGAGCCACUAGGCCUCGCCUGGAGCCUUUUGAACCCACUUCAAUCCCAGACGUGGCUGCCCCUUGAACUGUGCGUCUCUGGGCUCUUCCCUCCCUCGUGGCCCGUGGCUCCCGAGACACAAUUCCUGGAGCAUCCGGAUGAAGCAACGAGGUUUCUGCAUUGUUCAUUUUUGGAGCAGGGACUAUUUAUAAUGAAGCUGUACAGAAUAGGAACCUUGGGUGGAUGGCCAGAUUUGCUGUGGCCCCAGCUAGAUCCCUGUCCUACCACCCGAUAGUGACAGGGACAACUGCUGCCGCCCUGCUCUUUACUCCACGGUACGCAGGGCCGGCUGUGGGAAGGGGAGAGCCGGGGCCGGAGGAGGACAGCAGCCGCUGGGUGUGCGGUUAACGGUUUCAUACUGUUGUUUACUCUCUGUGAUUAAAGUGCUUUAGCCUUC